AUGCUCAUAGCAAAGGGAUCACGACUGAAUGUUGUAGAUAGCAAUGGAGACACACCUCUGCAUCUAGCAUGUCAGAAAGGACAUAUGAAAACAUUUGACGUGUUAGUUAAAAGUGAUGCUGACUGCAAUAUGUUGAAUGUGUUUGGUGAGACAUUACUGCACUUGGCUUGUAAGAGUCGUGUUGAACGUGUUGAGUUGUGUGGUAAGUUGAUAUCACAUGGAGUGAACCCUCAUAUAGCUGACAGAGAAGGAAACUUAGCUCUGCACGUUGCCUUGAAGAACAGACUUGCCAAAACAUUCUGCUAUUUGUUUCAAAAGUCGGGUGAUGCUGUAUUAGAUGACUUGCAGAAGGUGAAUAUUGAUAAAGAAGAGCUUAUGGCCAUUGUUAGUAGUGCUCAUGAAGAUGGCGACAUCGAUACUUGUCGUCAUAUUUUUAAAGCUAGUGCUACGUUAGACCCUUCGAGUAGAUUGUGUCUGAGAGAAGCAAACUGUCACACUACAACAGGAUACUCACUUAUUCAGAGAGCAGUCGAAGAGCAGGAUAUUACUUUUUGUCAGCAUUUGAUUGAUCAUGGAGCAUCUGUAAAUUCAGAUGUACCUUACAGCUCCCAAGGUCGUACUCUUAAGGAACCUCCUCUACAUCUGGCAGUAGAGCUGGGACAUUUUGAUUUGUGUCGUUUGCUGGUAGAACAUGGUGCGACUAUUAAUCCCAAGAUAAUGGGCACAAAAGGUGCAUUGGAUUUAGCUGUUGUUAGUGAACAAAAUGAUAUAGUAAGACUUCUUUUGUCUCAUGGCGCUGAUAUGAGUAAAAAUCGAAGUAGUAAAGAAUCUGUUUUGAAGAGAUUGGAAAUACAAAAAAAAGACAAAAUGGCAUCAAUCAUUCAGGCUUCUGAAACAUUUCCUGAAGAGAUUGUGUCGCAAGGAGAGACAGCAUUGCGUGUCUAUCUGUCAUCCUGUAGUGAGGGGUCAGCGGUAAACGUGUUUCUACGUGUUGAUGUAGUUGGACGUGAUGGUGUGGGUAAGACAAGCUUGACAAAAUCUCUCACUCUCCAGAAGUUCAAUCCUGAUGAGCCGAGUACAAGAGGAGUUGUGUUUGAUCCAAAGUGUCAGAUUAUUGUGAAGGAAGCAUGUGACUGGACCAAACCUCUCACAAGUGCUGACUAUGCAGAAAUAUAUGAGAAGAAUGUUGUGAUCAAUGUGGCAGAGGCACUCGACAAACCAGAAGUAAAAGAUCAAUAUUUCAAGUCAAAGGAAAGUCAACAUCCAACAAAACACAAAGACACUCGCAUGACAAAGAAAUCGCCAAAGCAGGAUUUACGUAUCCCAGCUGUUCCUCUUGGUUCUUCUCAUAGAAUUGCACCUUCGAUGCCCCGUGUACCACCUAAUGGUUGUUCACCAAAGUUACCUGUUUCUUUUAGAAAACCAACAACUUUAACAGUUCCUGCACAAUCAGUUGCAUCAGGUUUGUCAUCCUCAUCUCAAACGUCAUUGAAUUUGUCCGCAUUUUCUAAAGACUCAGACGUUUUGUCUCACAUAACAGCCACAGAUGCAAAACCAUCAAGUGGUACAGACUUUGUUGCUGAAGAACGUUCAUCAUCAGAUCAGAUUAAGGCAGAUAGAAAACAGCUAUUGGCUGCAACAAAUGCAAAACAGGUAACAUCUUUUAGUUGUGACAGCCGACAGCAACAACAAAAGAAGCAGCAGAAGAAAAGCCUGAAGAAGAAAGGUAAAUCAACAAGCGGAUCUUCUAUAUUCUGCGACUCAAGCAGCACUGAUUAUUGUGCUGCUUUAAACAAAGAGCCUACAUUGCCAAACAAGAAGACACAACCAACUGUAACGAGAACUGAUGUCCGAUCAUCUAACUACCAAGGCAAACAACAACAAAGUAUAACCAAUAGGAAACAAAGGAAACAACCGGAAGCUUUACCUUUACAAACUGCAAAGACAUUGUCUCGCAGUGUUGCUGAUUCCUCUACUGAGAACACAACUACUUUACCUCGACACAUUCAAGAAAGCAUUUCAAAAAAUAUUAGAGACCCAAAGUCUCGUCAAAAGGCAAAGAAAGAAAUAGUGCUAACUGUGUUGGACUAUGCUGGUCAGAAUGUGUUCUAUGUCACACAUCAUUUGUUUAUGUCAAAGGCUGGUUUUAUGUACGUUGUGUUUGAUGCUUGUCAGCCAAUGGAUGGCAAGACUGCAUCUCAGUUUCGUUCAGAAGAUGGACAAAUUGUCCACAUUCCUUUAUUUGAUGACGAAACAAACUUUGAUCGAUUGGAAGAGUGGGUUUCAGGUGUUCAUAUCAUGGAAGGCGAUCAGUCACGUCGUAUCAUGAUAUUUGAGAAAGUAGGAAUCAGAUCACCUGUCAUGUUUCUAGUAGGCACACAUGUUGAUAAGUUAAAGGAGCAGCCAGGGAUGGUGGAGAAACAGGAUGCAUUUAUAAGGAAGAAACUGGAGGGCACAGUGUUGGCAGAGCACAUCAUAUGGGCAUCUAAAGAUAUGAUGUGUUUCUAUGUGGAUAACACAUUGACAGACCCAGACAGUGGUGUUGUAGAUCCACAGGUGACUCUGCUUCGUCAGAAAACAGAGGAAGUGGCUCACAAGGUGGCCCAACAUCACAGAUUGCCUAUCAGCUGGCUCAAGUACGAACAAAAUGUAAGAGAAAUGAAAGUCUCUGAUCCAACAAAGAGAACAACAACUGUUGAUGAAUUACUGCAGCUUGCCAUGAAAGCUAGUGGAAUCAAAGAUCGAGAAGAGCUGUUGGUGUUGCUGCAGUAUUUGAGUAGUCGUGCAGUGUUGAUGUAUCAUCCCAAGGCAUUGAAGAGUGGAGAUAAAGAAGAAGUCGUGUUAGAUGUGGAAUGGUUUGUAUCACAGCUGCAGAAAGUGAUCACAAUAUACAUGAAAAGUGAUGUUCCCAUGUUCUGGAAUGAUGUAAAACGCAGCAAAGAGAAAGGCAUUAUGACAAUGUCACUUGUGAGACAUCUUUUAUCAGAUGCCAGAGGAUCUGCUCAACGUCUCAUUGUGUCAUUGAUGAGCCACUAUGAUUUGCUGUGUGAGUAUCCAGUUAUUGAAGAAGAGGAUCUGGACAAAGCAAGCGAUUGCAAUGAUUUUCUAAGCCUGGAAGGAGAAAGAGAAGGUCAGUCAUGCAAUGAAAAACGUGAUGUGUUUGAGAGUCAAGCUUGUUUUGUUCCUUGCCUUCUGGAGCAUGCAGCUGGUCUUGAAUCAGACAAGAUGAAUGACGAGCAGAAGUCAUUACCUCUCAUCUUGUCAUCUGCUCCCAUCCGCAUUCCUCAGCCAUUAUUCUAUAGAGUACUGACUCUUCUGUGUAAACGUUUUCGUCGCUUGGCAGUUAUUUGCUGCAAUGUGGGCUACUUCCACAUCUACCCUGGUCAUCGACUGGAGUUUGCUCUCAACAGAUACAACUUUCAAAUGACUGUCUUGUCAGAUACAGUCACACCUCCCAACUCCAAAGUGUGUGGUGCUGUUCGUGAGUGGAUUGUGAACAUUGUAGACAAGGCAAAACAGCAGGGAAUGGCUGGGCUCAAGUUACGUCUUGGAUUUCUACAGAAUGCAUCGACAUCAAUAUCUAGCAUUUCUAAUGCUGACUUUAUUUCUCUCGAUGGAUAUCAAAGUAAUCGUUAUUCACUGUACAGCCGUAUGACAAAAACAGAAGUUCAACCUCCUACCAGACUCUACCUUUGGUAUCCACAACUUGAGUGCUCUCAAACUGAUGUCAUGUCACCACCGCAUCAUCUUUCACAGCCGCCACAACAACAAGCUGCUAUAAGCUAUUCAACACCAGUGAAGCCCCUUAUUGGUGAACCGGUUGCAAGGUGCUUCUUUGAAGUGUCUGAACUUUUAGAUAAAGAUGAUGAUUUGGAAGAUGACUGGAGAAGGUUGUGGAAGGAACUUCUAGUCAGACCUCUCGAUGAAAUUAAAGUGAGGAAGAAGAGUAAGAGCCCUACUCUUUUCCUGCUAAAUCGAUGGUGCAAAAUGAAACCUCCUAGUGAAGCUACAAUCGGACAGCUGAUUAAGGCUCUCAAUGCAAUAUACAGAAAUGAUGUCGCUUGUGUGCUAGAAGCUUACGUGCCUGCACCACUCCCAGAUUGUAAAACUGACAAGGUGACAUCAGUCCAGUUAAAUCAUCUUGCUAAAGAAAUACAAGGCUGCUGGCAAGAGUUUGCUUUGACAUUGGAACCAGUGGGAUUGUUUAAAGUUAGAGGAAAUAUUGCAGCUAUAAAGAGUGAGCAUGCUUUUCCUCUUGUGCAAGCUCAAGCCAUGUUGGAGAAUUGGAGUGACAACGUUGGUGCUAGAGCUUGUCGUUCUGUUCUGAUUCAGGCAUUGAUCAAACAGGGACUAAGAUCUCAGGCAAAUGAGGUGUUUGGAGAGGAAAUUGUGCUGCAGGUGUCACCACAGUAGUUUGAGACAUUGACUAGUUCUAGGGACAUGUAGCAGCACCAAUAAUUAUUGUGUCUGUCAUGUGCCCAGCACAAGCUGCAGACAGUAAGUCAAAACACAGUCUAACUAUUUGAAACUACAUUUAAUGAACAAGCAUAAUCUUCAUUGUUACUGUAUAAAACUACUUGUAUAAAUCGACCAUCAAUCUUUGUCUAAAUUGAAUCUUGGAAUCAUUGGUUAAUUUGA